UCCUCACUCACUUUUUCGGCCCCCCUCAACAACCUCACUCUCCCACACCCUGUCACCUCACCCCGAGCCCGCCACCCACCCAGAGCAGGAGCCCAGGGCCAUGAUGUUCUCCUGGCCCACAGAUCCCAGCCCGGACCACACAGCCGACCCUCCUCGGAAAGAGGGCGAGAUCCCCGCCACUCGGUUUUGUUUCAAUGCCCGGGGAGCCCUGUCUACCAAAAUGACAGCUCGAGCCCUCUGGCUUCUCUGUUUGAUCGCCGGAUGGUCCCCCGAAGCCCCGGUGGCGGAGAGAAAAGCCCCGCCGCCGCCGCCGCACCGAAAGCACGACGCCCGGGAGACGCCGGGGCCGCGCGCGCAGCCGCUGCCCGAGUUCGCGCGCCGCCCGCGCGCCGCCUAUGCGGGGCCGCGCGCCUGGCCCGACCCCCGGCGCCGGAAGCCAGCGCCGCAGGCCGACAACCGGGCCGGCUUCCGGGACGUCGCGCGCGCGCCCGCGCCCGCGGGGCUCCCGGGCCCGCGCCUCGCCCAGGCGGAGAACCGCGCGUCCCCGCCCGAGGACUCCCCGCGGCUCGCGCGCCCCCGGGCCCAGCGCCCCCCGGGCGCGCGCGCCGCCGGCCCCGCCCACCCGAACCGGCCGCGCGCCGCCGCGCCGCCCUCCGGAAGCCCAGGGGCGCCGCCGCCCGGAGACGGGGAGCCGGAGCCCGAGCCCCAGUCGUGCGCGCGCGCCUGCGGCGCGGACGCGGACGAGCGCGAGGCCUUCUGCGCCAGCGAGUUCGCAGCCGUGAACGGAAUCGUGCACGACGUGGACCUGCUGGGCGCGGGCAUGCGGCUGGUGACCCUGCUGGUGGACCCCGACGGCUUGUACAAGAUGAGCCGCCUGUACAUCACUCCCGACGGCUUUUUCUUCCGCGUGCACGUCCUAGCCCUGGACGCCUCCAGUUGCUAUAAGCCGUGUCCGGAAUUCAAACCCGGGAGCAGGUAUAUCGUGAUGGGCCACAUCUACCAUAAGAGACGGCAGCUCCCCACCGCUCUGCUCCAGGCCCUGCGAGGGCGCCUGCGUCCUGGAGACGGACUGCUCACGGGUGGCAGCAGCUACGUGAAGAGGUUUAACCGAAAACGGGAGUGGCAAGUUCGGGGUGCCACCCACGCCCAGUGCAUUUGAGCAGACCCACUCGGAACUCGUGGAACUCAAGGCUCGGAAUCCCGCAGUAAGGCGGGGAAGGUCCGCCCUCACGUAGCGGGGUGGGGGCUUCUGUGAAACUGGGCCCACAGCUAGCUACCAUAUGCACUACGAGUACAGCUUCACUAUAAAGCUGUCACUGUGUUCACUGAGGUUCAUGCCGAGGCUCCAGAGCAGUGAGAAAGUUACUCAGUAACAGACAGCGAUAGGCCCAGCGAGGGCGGACCCUGACCUCCCAGGUCAACAAAGCACACCACUUUGCAUUGUUUUUAAGUUAUUUUAAUUUAAUGCUUUUUUUUUUUUUCAGUAGAAACAGUUCACAAAACAUUUCUUGACUUUAAAUAUACAACUUUGAAUAGUAUCUAUCAUGUGUCAAGCUAGAUUUUGUAUUUAAAGCAUCAGAGUUUAAAUUCCACACACGAGGGUAAGCAUCCCGUCAAGUUGUUUGCAUAUGAAAUGUCAUUUACAUCAAACAGUAGGGUCGGAGCCCAGGCCAAGGAUGAAAAUUAGACAUUUCAAGGGUGAAUUCAAGCAAAACAUCAUUCAAAGUGUGUUUCUGAUGUACCAAAAUACAAGGCCCUAUGUAUCGUCAGGCUUCCUUGGCCCUAUAACCUGUUUUGUGUCAAACCGGCAUCAAUUCCAGCCUGUUUCCUGGUAUAUCUGAUGUCAUUUUUAUGUUAAGACCCAGUAUCACAACUGUGUUUGUAAAGCAGUAAAUCUUGCCAUGAAAUCAGA